CUGCUCGCCAGUCAUUCGGCGACGAUAACACCCUCAAUCGGCAGCCAUUUUUUUUGGCGGCGAAAACGGCGAGAUUCGAAUCUACGAGCUUCAUUCAAUUUCACCACCAAAUUAGGGGUAAAAUACUCUUGCCGGAGAGCGAACAGAAGACUUGUUUUUACGCCGGUGAAUUCGGCGUCGGUUAAUGGAUAUUCACUGCGGAAUCAUGAUAAUAGUCCAGAGGUUUCAGAUGGAGUGGGAACGAAUUACGGAGAGGAUAAUGCCGUUGGGGUGUCGGAAAGGUUGUUGAGAUUUGUUCAUCUGGUUUCGUCGGUGCUUCCUGGUGGAAAUUGGUGGAGGUUUUCUGAUGAAGUGGAAGUCUCGGUAACUGCGAAGCCGGUGACUUUGGUGCGUGCUCUUCGACGGAUGUGGGGAUUGAUUGCGAAUGAUCGUUGGGUUAUCUUUGCUGCCUUCUCUGCCCUAAUACUAACCGCGCUUACAGAGAUCUCCAUUCCUCAUUUCCUUACAGCAUCUAUAUUUUCAGCCCAAAGUGGUGAGACAGCUGUGUUUCAGGGUAAUGUGAAGCUACUGAUGUUUCUAUGCAUCACUUCCGGUAUUUGCAGUGGAUUAAGAGGUUGCUGGUUUGGCAUUGCAAAUAUGAUCCUUGUAAAACGAAUGAGGGAAACAUUAUACUCCAUCCUUCUUCUCCAGGAUAUAAACUUUUUUGACUCUGAAAGUAUUGGAGAUUUGACUAGUAGACUAGGAUCAGAUUGUCAGCAGGUUUCACGGGUUAUUGGGAAUGAUCUUAACCUAAUAUUACGCAAUCUUCUUCAGGCCACAGGGGCUUUGAUCUACUUGUUAGUGUUGUCUUGGCCACUUGGCUUAUGCACAUUGGCCAUUUGCUCUACUUUGUCACUAGUUAUGUUAAAAUAUGGACAGUACCAGAAGAAAGCAGCAAAGUUAACACAAGAGUUCACUGCAUCUGCAAAUGAAGUUGCACAAGAGACAUUUUCUUUGAUGAGAACAGUUCGAGUUUAUGGAACUGAGCAUAAAGAACUUGAAAGGUACACCACCUGGCUGGAAAAACUAGCUGAUAUAAGCUUGAGAACAAGUGGUGCAUAUGGCAUAUGGAAUUUCAGUUUCAACACUCUGUAUCAUUCUACACAGGUUCUUGCUGUAUUGGUAGGAGGAAUGUCUAUUAUGGCUGGUAAAAUAACAGCCGAACAGCUUACAAAGUUCAUAUUAUACAGUGAAUGGCUGAUUUACUCAACAUGGUUUGUGGGUGACAAUUUAUCAAACUUAAUGCAAUCUGUUGGAGCAAGUGAAAAAGUAUUCCAAAUGAUGGAUCUUGCGCCUAGUCAGCAGUUCACAUCCAAAGGAUCAAAAUUGCCAAAUUUGAAGGGUCUUAUUGAGUUUGUGAAUGUAUCAUUUAGCUAUACAUCAAGGGAAACGGUACAUGUGUUAAAAGAUAUAAGCAUUACUGUGAAUCCUUAUGAAGUAGUUGCACUUGUUGGUCUUAGUGGUAGUGGGAAGAGCACAAUAGUAAAUCUCCUUCUUCGUCUCUAUGAACCAACAAGUGGUCAGAUUUUGAUCGAUGGGCAUCCGUUAAACAACAUGGACAUCAAGUGGCUUAGAGAAAGAAUCGGAUAUGUUGGACAGGAACCUCGGCUUUUUCGGAUGGAUGUGAGAUCAAAUAUAGCAUAUGGAUGCACACGAGAUGUAAGUGAAGAAGAUAUUGAAGAUGCAGCGAAACAAGCGUAUGCUCAUGACUUCAUAUCCUCACUACCUGAAGGCUAUAACACAAUUGUUGAUGAUGAUUUGUUAAGUGGAGGCCAAAAGCAAAGAAUUGCUAUUGCAAGAGCUGUUCUAAGGGACCCAUCAAUUUUGAUUCUUGAUGAAGCUACUAGCGCUUUAGAUGCCGAGAGUGAAUACAACGUCAAGGGUGUACUGAGUGCGGAUGGAGAUAAGUGUAAGAGGAGUGUUAUAAUAAUUGCACACAGGCUUUCCACUAUACAAGCUGCAGACAGAAUAAUUGUCAUGGACAGUGGCCGGAUCAUUGAGAUGGGAAAUCAUAAACAACUUCUCCUUAAAGACGGAUUGUAUGCGCGAUUAACUAGAAGACAAGUUGAUUCUGUAUGAUGAGAAUAUUAAUUCCAAUUAGAAUUGUAUACAAUACAACAACAGAGGUGUGUGUAAUCAUGGAUGUUAGUCAUGGUUGAAUCCUAGCUUUGGAGAUUCAUCAUAUAAAAUGUUGUAAUUGUUAGGAAUACAAGCUAUUCUUCUACUUUAUAUCGAGUAUUGUACUCA